AUGGCGGCCGCGCGCCGCAGAUUCAAACGCAGCGCGGGGGGCGGGGCCGGGGGGCGGCGGCUUCCCGGCGGGACCCACUGCGCCUGCGCCCCGCGAUUCAAGAUGGCGGACAGUGCGGAACUAAAGCAAAUGGUGAUGAGCCUCCGGGUUUCUGAGCUGCAAGUGCUGCUGGGAUACGCGGGAAGGAACAAGCACGGUCGCAAACACGAACUCCUUACGAAAGCACUUCAUUUGCUCAAGGCCGGCUGCAGCCCCGCCGUCCAGAUGAAAAUCAAGGAACUGUACAGGCGCCGGUUCCCUCAGAAGAUCAUGACUUCCGCAGACCUCUCCCUCCCCACGGUCCACUCAAGCUCCAUGCCGGCAGCUCUGUCACCCUCGACCAUUCCACAACUGGCUUACGACGGCCACCCGGCAACGUCCCCGUUGCUCCCCGUUUCUCUCCUGGGACCUAAACACGAACUAGAACUGCCCCACCUUACCUCAGCACUCCAUCCCGUCCAUCCAGACAUCAAGCUUCAAAAGCUACCCUUUUACGACUUGCUGGAUGAAUUGAUAAAGCCGACCAGUCUAGCGUCAGACAACAGCCAGCGGUUUCGAGAAACCUGCUUCGCAUUUGCCCUCACCCCUCAGCAAGUGCAACAGAUCAGCAGUUCUAUGGACAUUUCUGGAACCAAGUGUGACUUCACUGUGCAGGUCCAGCUGAGGUUUUGCUUAUCCGAAACCAGCUGCCCCCAGGAAGACCAUUUCCCACCAAAUCUGUGUGUGAAAGUGAAUGGGAAGCCAUGUAGCUUACCUGGUUAUCUCCCGCCAACCAAAAAUGGGGUGGAACCAAAGCGGCCCAGCAGACCAAUCAACAUCACCUCCCUUGUGCGGCUCUCCACGACGGUACCAAACACAAUCAUUGUCUCGUGGACUGCGGAAAUAGGAAGGAAUUAUUCUAUGGCAGUCUACCUUGUAAAACAGCUGUCCUCUUCAGUGCUGCUGCAGAGAUUACGAGCGAAAGGCAUAAGGAAUCCGGAUCAUUCUAGAGCACUAAUCAAAGAAAAAUUAACAGCUGAUCCUGACAGCGAAAUAGCGACGACCAGCCUGAGAGUUUCUCUUCUAUGUCCACUUGGUAAAAUGCGACUGGCGAUACCUUGCAGGUGCCUGACCUGUUCCCACCUGCAGUGCUUCGAUGCCACUUUGUAUAUUCAAAUGAACGAGAAGAAACCCACCUGGGUCUGCCCUGUGUGUGAUAAGAAGGCCCCCUACGAACACCUCAUCAUUGACGGGUUGUUCAUGGAAAUCUUGAAGUACUGCACGGAUUGUGACGAGAUCCAGUUUAAGGAAGACGGUUCGUGGGCUCCUAUGAGAUCAAAAAAAGAGUCCCAAGAAGUGACUUCCACUUUUAAUGGAGUGGAAGGCUGUUUAGGUUCUUCCGUGGACCAUCAAGUGUCCUCGCAUCAGCAGUCGAGCAAAAAUAAGAAGGUGGAAGUGAUUGACUUAACCAUUGACAGCUCAUCAGACGAAGAGGAGGAGGAGCCAUCUGUCAAGAGGAGCUGUCCUUCUCUGUCCCCCGCAUCGCCCAUCAACAAUAAGAGCCUGUUGAGUCUCCCACAUCAGGCAUCUCCUGUUUCAAGAACUCCCAGCCUUCCAGCGGUGGACACCAGCUACAUCAACACCUCGCUCAUCCAAGAGUACAGGCACCCGUUCCAUAUGACGCCCAUGCCUUACGACCUUCAAGGAUUGGACUUCUUCCCUUUCUUGUCUGGAGACAAUCAGCAUUACGGCACUUCGCUUCUAGCCGCCGCAGCCGCAGCCGUCUCCGCCUCCGACGAUCAAGAACUCUUGCACUCCCGUUUCUUCCCCUAUGCUUCGUCCCAGAUGUUUCUGGACCAGCUCAAUGCUGGAGGGAGUGCCACGCUCCCGGCCACGAACGGCAGCAACAGCGGUAGCAACAGCAGCCUCGUGUCCUCCAACAGCCUCCGAGAGACCCACGGCCACCCAGUGGCCAACCGAAGUAGCACGGAUCCGACGUCUCUCUUUGGCGUCAUCCCGGACAUUAUUUCUUUGGACUGAGCUCUGUUGAGAGGGCUCUGGACUUGCCGGAGGAGAGAUUUGGGGCUUGGUUUUACCUUAUUUUUGUUUAGAAAUGCAGAUGAGCUUUUUUCCCCUUUUUGUAGGGGAAAGAAAUAUUAAGACAUGUACAGAGAACAAAACUAUAUUUUCAGUUGUACUUUUGUAUAUAAACAGAAGAUGGUUUGACUGGUAAAACAAACAAACAACCCCCCCCCCCCCGCCCCCAAACAAAACCUCCCAAACUAGAUUUUUUGGAUACCGAAGAUUUUACACCUCUCUGUUUGUCUGGAGUGCUGGUUUCCUUUUGAAAGUUUUGAUCUUUAACCACAUAACCCUUUUAUUUCUUUCACAGUGAUGCUAACGGAAAAAAGUGAAGUGGCUUUUGAAGUUUCAAAGCUCUGUGUGUGUGGGGGGGUCUUUCUAGUUCCGAUGCCAACAGAUGGCAACCGCAACAGGCAAAGGAACCGCUUCCCCCUCAGGCUGCAGUCUGCUGGGAAUGUGUUUUCUGCACCAGCCUCAUCAGAAAGAAUGAGCCUUGUGCCUGUUGAUUGGCUGUUCCCCCCUCUCCGCUGUAAUUUAAGUGCAAAUGGAAUUCUUCCGUUUAUAUAAAUUGUCCCCCACCCCCACCCCACCCUGGCACUCUUUGCUGGACGUUGUUUGUUCCCUAGUUCUGAAAGUCUGUUCAGAACCUUCCAGUGUUUGUGUUCAUUGGACUCCCAUCUUUUUUAGGUUUUUAUCUGGUUCUUUUCAUGGGUCAGAUCUCUUAACGAGACAAACUUUUCCUGGCCAGGUGGUUAAACUCAGUUGCUUCCUACCCUGGGAUUUUUAGAAAAUUACUUGGUCAAAUUCUUCUUGCUUCUUUUGUUUGAGUGAAAGUUCCUUUAAAAUCAGCGGGACUUCCUUUCGAGUAAGCAUGCAUAGAACUGGGCAUCACAAGUUGCCACUUUUAUUUUUAAAAAUUAUGAUUUGAAAAAUCCUGCCCAUUCUAGCUUCGGUUCUUGUGGAAUAUAGACAUGUUUUCAGAUGAUUGGCUCUUCCCCUCCUCUCUGCUGUAAAUUCUUUCCGCUGUGCCUGGCUUUGACGUCUGUGAAGGCAUCUUCCAUUUUCUUCCUUUAUUUUACCGUUGAGCUGUGAAGCUGUUAUUGGUUUCCCCUUCAAGUUUGUCAGAAGCUUUUCCCGCUUUGAAAUAUGCAUGAUUUAGAAAGGCAUCUAUUCAAAGUGGCUGAUUAUUUAAGCUGUCCCUUUCUCGCUAAAUAAUGAAUCCUACAAGUGAAGAGGAAAUUAUUUCUUUUGUUGUUAAGAGAAUUUUUCCAAUGAAAAUAAGAAAAAGGGGGAUGUAGAAGAGGAGUCCCAUGCGUUGCACGCUUGCUCUCCAGUGUGAAAUUUUAUUUUAGCUAGGUUUUAAAAUUCUGGGUUUAUAAACAUAUUGGAAAAGGAUUGGGCUGGAGAGAAACCAGGCAAGUUUUUUUGCUCACAAGUUUGGAUCAAAACAGUGUCAGAGUUCUUUGAACCAUAGCCAGAAAAGGUAGUAUGUCGUCGUCUUUUUUUUAAAAUAGCUGUCUUGCAUCAGAACUUUUCAUUGAUAACUUGCUUUUAUUUCCAAAGGUUCAGUUUUUCAACAGAUUGAGAGAUUGCACACCUGUUUCAGUGGGUUUUUUUUUUGUAAAUGUAUCCCUUUUGCCACUUAAAAGCUGAGUUGCAUUUUGAAAAUGUUUGUUCAUAUGUACAUGUGUGUGUAUAUAUGUAUUUAUAGAUUGGCGUGUGCGUGUAUGUCUGUGAUGCAUGUGUGUUCCAUUCAUGUCCAGCUGGUACUUUACCGCUGGCCAGUUUAUAAUUUAUUAAAUAUCAGUAAAAGUCUAAAUACAAGGGCAGAGAACAGGAAAGCCUUUCUGAGUUCAGUUUAGCUUGGUAUGGCGCCAAAACCUAUUUAUUUUUUAAGCCGAACACAGCUGUCACAAAAAAAUAAUACAGAACUUCAUUGGACACGCAACCCGCUUAUGAGACAAUUUGAAGGACCCGUGGAAGCACUGAAAGCAAAAAUGCGCAUGUGUCAGCAGCGUUGUUAAAUGAGAACUGGUAGAAUCAUCCUCAUCCUAUCCGAGGCUUGAUUCGUACCUGCCGUUUUUGCUCAGCUCAAGGCGUCCACUGGGGGCUUCUACUGAAAGCUGUGCAGUUUCUUGACAUGCUAAAUCUGCAGUAAGAUCCAGAUAUUGGAGUUGUUGUUUCCCUUGACAGAAUGAGUUGCACGGCGGGACGAUGCACUUUGGGCUGCGACCGAGUGCGUUUAAGAUCUGUUAAUUGUAUUGCAGAGUAAAUGUGUGUAUAAGUGCAUACUGGGCUGCAGCUGUUGAGAGUUGUGUUUUUUUGUUUUUACCAACUGUUCAGAUAACUUUUGCAACCUUUGGGCCUUAUCCAAACCAAGUGUGAGCUUUUGAAGCUAACUGAAUAGCUGAGAGUUCUGCGAGAUACGCGACAGCGAGUCUGCUAGUCCUCAAGCUUUUCCUCGCUAAUACCGUCACUACCUGCGGGUGCAUUCGUAAGCAUUAUCCAACAUCUAAAAAUGAAGAAGUCAGAUCCAUUGAAAUUGGACUCAGCAAUAUUGGUCAACCCAGAGAUGACAUUUCCCCCCAAGGACCCUUAAAAAGCUAAGACAUAACCAGAUAGUGUUCAUGUGUCUCUUCUUCAGUCCGAGCUAAUAAACACAGUUAAGGGACCUUUUGAAUUCAAGGUGUGCUCUUAUUUCUGAGGCUUCAUACAGGCACAGUACAUUUGUCCAGGGGGCCACAAGAGUAGCUAACACUGCUUGGCAAAAAAAUACUCAGCCCCUGAAAUCCUUCACAGCUCCUUUAUAAACACUUGGAGAAAAAUGUGGACAUUUGACAUAAACUCUCGAGUUUGUUUCUGUGUGGACACAGUUUGGGGUUUCCUCAUUCAGCCACUUUUUGGGAGUCCUUGAUUACUAAUGGGAGUGUGUGUGUGUGUGUGUGUAUGACUUGUAUGUGUGUCUGUAUUUUGUACAAUGGUUUGCAUAGGUGUGGUACGUAUACCCACAGAUGCGAGAUACUUGUAUAGCAGGGGUAGAAUGACUUUUGUUUUGUUUCUGUUUUUCCCCAAUCACUUCUGUGGGCAUUACUUAGAGACCUAGUUUUUAAAAAUAGCUAAAAGCAAAACCAAAAUUAAUACCUUGCUAAAACUCAAACCACAGUCUAGCAGUGUUUUCAAGAUGGCAUUCCUUCAUCCCAUGUCCCAAACCAUAGAUCCCCUUCACCCUUUGAAGAAUGUUAUUGCUGAUAGACCUUCCACUUAAUGAGUUUGCCUUUCUUUUCUUUUGGGGUGGAUACCUUUUUUCACCACAUUAAACAUUUCAAUGUUUUUUUUUCAUAAUGCUGUUUUUGAAGGGUUUGUUUCUUCUUGUUCUUCUUUUCCUUCCGACGAGAGCUUAAGAUUUCUACUGAGAGGCCCCGCUGUGUGCUGCUGUUAAUUGUUCUAAUUAACAAAAGGGAAAACAAUGUGUAUAUAAACAGAAAACUUAAAAAAAAAAAAGUUAUUCCAUACACAUAAAUCUGUGAUUCAUUGCCUUAAAAUUUUUCUCUUUGUUUUCCAUACAGCAUGCCAAACAAGUUUUAAAAAGUGGCUUUUAAAAGACAUGUAUAGUAGAUCAAUGUCAGUUUGUAUAAAAGUACCAAGUGAAAAUAUUUAUUACAUGCAUUGGAAAAAAAAAUGGUUUACCCUAAUGAAUGUUACCUGUUUAUGUAAAACAUCUUUAGAUGUAAUAAAAAGCAUUAUUACAUUGUC